GGAAGGAAUAAGCGUGUUAACCUGCUUGGUGUGAAUAUUGCAGCCUUCUUCACAUCAACCAACAUUGUUUACGGAACUAAUCAUUAACUUGUUAGCUUAUUAACUUGUGAACUAUUUAGCUGUAUGUUUACUUUUUUGAAAGAGUGUUGAAGACUUUUUUUGCUUCAGCAUGCAAAGUCAAAUGGGGAAGUCCUAAUGCGCAGGAUCAGUGUGUUUCUGUGAUGGACGUUUUUCAUCGACUUUUCAUCCUCGGUUGAGAUUAGGUCUGAUAUGGGAGAGAAGAUGCUUACCUGGACAAUGGCCCUGGCUGUGGCGGUGCUGGCGGAAGGUUACCAAGACAGCAUCUGCCCACAAAGGGAACCCUCUCCUGGAGUGUUGGUGCUGACCCCUGGCAGGGAAGUGGUCCUCUAUUGCCAUGGCGACGUCAUUGUGGACAGCAUCCUGAAGGUCAAGGGAAAAGCAGGUGGACACUUUAUCACGACGCGCCAGGAAGCUACCAAGACAACCUCAGAUGGAGUCCACAACGGACAACCAACCGAAGCAACAUUCACCAAAGCUGAGGGGACCACAACUGGAAAUGGCCCGAAAGAAGCAGGGAUGACCUCCGAUGACAAACGCAGAGGGACAACACCUGGAAUGAUCAAAACAGAGACUGAGAGAGCAUCAUCCCCUGAUGGAAAGAGCGGAGGAAACCUCUCGGACAGAUACCAGGAAAGCACACAAGGAACACCACCAUCAAGUCCAGGUCAGAGAGUGGCAGAAAGAGAUGCUUUUGAAAAUCAACCCAGAACCGUGACUGAAUCAACCCUAUUUGCCACUCAGCAGAGUGACUCCAGCGCCACAGAAAGGCCAGAGGUGGUGACCCCCCAUGGUGUCAGCACAGUCCCCCAGCCCUCUCCGAAGACCGAUGGUGAUGCGGUGACUGUUGGAACGGCAGGUCUUCAGAGGCGGAUUUUCUGGACUAGGAAUGGUGUGAUGUUGCCAGGCAGUGCGGAGAAGAGCGUUCUCUCACUGCUACACCUGAGGCCAUGGGAUGCAGGCAACUACUCCUGCUACAGCCAGGGGGCAUUGAUGAGCAACGUCAAGAUCACAUUAGGAUCUCCACCAGUGAAUCCCACGCUUUCAUGCUACAGGAAGUCGCACGAGAGUAAGAUUCGCUGUGAUUGGACGUCGCCACAACCUGUAGUGCCCACGCCCAAAUGCAAUCUCUUACUCAGGAAAAGUGGGCACUCCUCCACAGUGGCAUGUUCCUACUCGGUGACGCGCUCCCGCUGCUGGUGUGUGUUUGACCAUGAGGAGCAGGGGGGUUGGGGGCCCAGGAAUGUCUACAUAGCCAGGCUCUGUGUCACCAACACAGCGGGCAAUGCCACCAGCCCCGAGGUCCGCUUCACUGCGGAGAAUUCCAUAAAGCCCGACCCCCCGGUGUCAGUGAGGGCCAGUGGUCUGCAGGGUGGGGAGCGGCUGCUGGUGGUGUCCUGGUCCUACCCGCUCUCCUGGAGGAGGGGCUUCUACCAGCUACGCUUCCAGCUCAGAUACCGACCCGCUCAUGCAGACAAGUAUCAGACUGUGGAGACGGAGGGUCUGUCCUGGACCAUCACUGAUGCGUGGCCGGAUGCUGAGUAUGAGCUCCAGCUGAGGGCCAUAGAGGAGUUCAGCCUGGGCCACUGGAGCGACUGGACCUCUGCUGUGCAUGCCCGCGCCUGGAAACCCCCAGAAUCCACGACAGUGGCCGACUUUCACAGUCUGGAUCCUUUGUGGUAUGUGGAUGAAGGCUCGGGAUCUGGUGAAGAGAUCAGAAUACCAGAUUCAGUGGUGUCUGAUGACUCAAUGGAUAUCUUUGGCACUGCCUUUGGGGUCUGUGUGCUGGUGGUCAUGCUUAUCCUGCUCUCUGCUUAUGUAUUCAGGCACAGGGUGCGUUUUGCAUCUAAGCUGGGCAAGCUGGGUGCAUCUCCACCGCCAGGCGACUCCUCUGUUUCUCCGCCCCCUCCCUCCCCAGAGGAGGAGAAGCCCCUGAUGUCCCCCGUCAGUCCCACCCCCUCGCAGGCCACCAUGCAGCAUCACUUCCCCCUACCACCGGAGGGCAACACCCAGAGCAUCCAUUUCCACAACAGGGGCUACUUCCUGGUGCCCAAGGAUAACUAACUCUGAGGACCCUAAGGUCCCCUUUCAAUAUUUAACCUCCCAUCCUCUCCUUUUGCUUGUGGCCUUAUGAUGCGAGGCGAGGUGAAGAUGGAAAUUUUAUUCAUUAUCUCACAUUUUCACAUUUGAAGUCAGGAUAUUGAAUGGGUUUUAAAGUCCUCCAAAAGUUGUUGUGGCUAGGCUGACAACAGGGAAACUUUGUUAUUUUCUCCAUGGAGGCCGGGCAUUCCAAUCGACAGCAAAGUGUAUUUCACAUUCUAAUCUUGUGAAUGAAUGUUCCUGAGACAGGUCUGAACAUUUGUACAGUAGAGUGACUAUUAUUUCCUUUGGAAAUUAAGGGAUUAAAAGAGAUAUCAUGAGGUCAAAGUGUUUCCUAUACGUCAUCCUAUUCAUUGCACAGGUUGUAGUACUUUAAUAUUGCAUGCAGACCUCACACCCCUGACAGUGUUUCUAGACCUUUACUCAUCUUUAUGUGGGUCUGAAGGUGAUGGCAAUGACUUUUGUCUAGUUCAUAAAUGCAGUUGUUAUGUUUAUACCAAUUAGCACAUACUGGAGCUUCUGACCUUCGUACCUUCUGCUUUAGGUGUUGUAUGUUUUUUGUAAUUAUUAUUAUUUGUGUACUUAUUGCCAGUGUACUUAAUGUACUUUGUGUACUUAAUGCCAGACCAUAAGCCAUUAUUGUCAUGUAUAGUUCCACAAAUAUGCCCUACAGUAGAGAGCAUUGGAUUUAAGCUAAGAUUAAGGUGAUAUUGAUUUAUGUGCAUCCGUGUGCUUAUGUAUUCAUUUGUUUGUAUGUGUGCAUAUGUCUGUAAUUAAAUUGAGUACAGUAGUUCACAGUAGUGCAUG